GUAGUCUGGAAAGCGAAGUUGCAUAGACAAAAUUUCUUUCAACGUUAUCUCUGCAUUUUCUUAUAGAUCCGAAGACGCGUGGUGAGCGAAGGAAACUAUCUGGUUCUUAUUUAAAAUCGAAAAUGUCAAUAUCAGAUCACGAAGUAAGUUACAGUCCGAGCAGAUGGUGUCGAAGAUUCGACCAUAUAAAAAUAUUGGAACACUAUCUCACAUUCGCUGCAAAAGUUACGGAAAAUGCUCGUAAAACCUUGAAAUGCAAACUCGAUGUCCCAUAUGGGGCCACAGACCGAGCUAAAUACGACGUGUAUGGGACCGAUUUACCCGAUGAUGCACCAAUAUUGAUAUUUAUUCACGGUGGAUAUUGGCAGGAAGGUAGCAAAGAAGUUGCAUCGUUCGCGGCGCCUGUUUUUGUCCCGAAUGGAAUUAAGGUUAUAACCGUUGGUUACGAUUUAUGUCCUCAAGUCAGGUUUAAGGAUAUAAUAUCACAGAUCAAAGUUGCGAUCGAGGAGAUAUUAAAAUCAGUUUCGAGUCGCAGUACUAUGCCACGGAGCGUUUGGAUCGUCGGCCAUAGUGCUGGCGCACAUUUGGCGGUGAGUCUUUUGUUCGAUGCAUCGUGGUUGGAGAAAAUGGCGAAACAAAGAUACUUAAAUCUGUUGAAAGGUGUCGUCCUGAUCAGUGGCAUUUAUAAUUUGAAACCCUUGCUCGAUACUACCAUCAACGACGCUUUGAAGCUAACGAAAGACGAAGUCGACGCGUAUAGUUUCACUAUAAUGGAUACAACCAACAUCAAACCCAUUCGAGAUUUGAAAGUUAUCGUCACCCAUGGGGAAUGCGAUAGUCCAGUGUUUAACAAUGAAUCACGCGAAUGCGUUCAGAAGCUUGUUACAAUAGUGGACAACGUCCAAUACAUUUUCCUUCGCGAAAACGUCGACCAUUUCGAUAUCGUGGAAAGGCUCACGGAACCGGAAUUUCUUUUAACAAAAGCGAUAAUGGAUAAUAUUCUUGAAAAUAACAGGGGCAGAAUCGUGAAGAAAUAACAUCAAAACGUACAGCUUUCACAAUCAAAAUUUAUAAAUAAUAUUCGACGUGUUUAUAAAAAAUUUAUUAAGUGUUAACAUAUUAAUUUAUCGAUACAGUGUUGUUAAAUUUCAAAUCGUGUGUAAAA